AUGCCAGAUGAGCCAUACUACUGCAGUGAACAAAUACCGAUUCCUCCUGAAUUACCUGAUAUAUUAUUACAGUUUUCCAAAGCUGCAAUACGAACUCAGCCAACUGAUGUUCUUGCAUGGAGUGCUGCAUAUUUCCGAGCUUUGACGAAUGGCGAGACGCCUCCGGUUAAAGAAAGGCUGGAAAUGCCCGUUGCAACUCAAAAAACGGAUACCGGUCUUACUCUUGGAUUAUUGAAAGUUUUACAUAGACAGCUGUCACCCAAAAAUAUGGUGUCUCUUGGGGAAAUUCAACAGAAGUUUGAUCAAUUAAAUAUUCCACGUGAGCAAUUUGACGAUAUCGUACAAAUAGGUGCAUUUCAUGAUGACGUACAGUGGGAUAAUUUUUUAGCGAUUGCUGUUUCAAAAUUAGCACGGAAUAUAACAGAUACGUUAACAAAACUGUGUGAAUUGUUAACAAGUGAUCCGCCAGGUGCAAAUGCACGGAUACCAUUUGAACAAUGGAAAAAAUUCUAUCGGUAUUUAGCUGAACUAGACGGUGAUAUUUCAGAAAAGCAUAUUAAAGAAGUAAUUGAUUAUCUGGCAAAUGAAUGGGUCAUUCGACAAAAUGGUAUGAUCCAUCCGCGAAACUUUAGUCAUUCAGAAUGUCCUAAAUUAGCACCAUGA